UGUUUUUCAUGAUAGUAUUUUUAAGUUUCACAUUUACUUGUCCUAAGGGUUCAGAGAUUUGUAAAUAUGUAAAAAUUCUAACAAGCUGCAUAAAACAUCCAUCCACAGAUACCUCUUUACUACAACAGUGACUGGUACCAGCAGCAUUACUCUGCUUUCUUGCAGACCUGGCUCUGAUACUUCAGGAGACAGAAAAACAGGACAUUUAUUUGGCAUUAGUCAAAUUUCCUUCCAUGUUCCCUAUAAUGUUGACAAUACCAUUACAGCCCCUUUUUGACAAGCAGUCUUCUAAGAACAUAACUUUCAGAAUGUCCCGGGUUUGAUUCUUCCUUCUUGCACUUAAGAUCUGCUUGCCUUGGACAAGUUACCCCAUCUCUCUGAGCCUGCUUCCUGAUGUAAAACGAGGACAAUACCCAUUUUCUGAUUUGUCAUUAAAGAAGGUAACAGGUACCCGAGGCAUCUUUAAUGCAGCAGCUGUCGACAAGUGGGAGCCACAAUUAUUUUUAUUUUGUAAAAGAAGAAACUGAGGAUUAAACACAUCUAGGUAGGAAAUCCUAGACAUGCAGCUGGGUCUCAGGUCUAUUCUGACUCCCAAGCCAGACCUUUUCAUCGAUGACACCGUAAGGUAAGUAAACUGUCCUUGGCGAAGGGGAUUGAGGCGAGAGGCAUGCUUAAUUUCUCCAACUUCUGCAGAGACUCCUAUAUCCUUCGUUGUUCCCUAUUUAGCUAUUUUGUUAUUAUUUUUACUCUCUGGCAAUUGGAGGCAUAGACAGUAAAAUAAAAAUACUUUCACACUUGUGUAGUAACCUGCCAGCCUGUCCCCAGGGUCCCAUCGCAGGAGCUUUGUGGGUCAAGUUAAACGCAUCGGCCUAAUUCAAUAGCCACCAGCAAGCCGGCGCCCCGCCCAGAUGUUUAUAUUUUCCUCCCUCGGCCCCGCCCCCGACACGCGGGGCCGCAGCCCCAGCCCAAGCCCGAGUUCCUGGGGGCGGACUCGCCUAGCGCCUCAGCCUCCUACAGGGAUUCCCUCUCCAGCCAAUCCCGUCGGAGCAACGGGCCUGCCCUUAACAAAGAUGGCGUGGAAGGCCUCCAUGAGGGCAGCCUGAUUUAACACCCAAACCGCGGCGGACAGUGAAGACAGUGGAAGCGGCGCAGCCCAGACCAUGGAGGAGGGCGGCAGCGCCGGCAGCGGGGGCAGCGACAGCGGCACCAGCGGGAGUGGCGGGGCGCAGCAAAGGGAGCUGGAGCGCAUGGCCGAGGUCCUGGUCACUGGGGAGCAGCUACGGCUCAGGCUGCAUGAAGAAAAGGUUAUUAAAGAUAGGCGACAUCAUCUCAAAACCUACCCAAACUGUUUUGUCGCAAAAGAACUGAUUGACUGGCUGAUUGAGCACAAAGAGGCUUCUGACAGAGAGACGGCAAUUAAACUCAUGCAGAAAUUAGCAGACCGGGGCAUUAUUCAUCACGUGUGUGAUGAGCAUAAGGAAUUCAAGGAUGUCAAACUCUUCUACCGCUUUAGAAAGGAUGACGGCACCUUCCCAUUGGACAACGAAGUGAAGGCCUUCAUGAGAGGACAGAGGCUAUACGAGAAGCUAAUGAGCCCUGAAAACACACUCCUGCAGCCCAGGGAAGAGGAAGGGGUCAAGUAUGAGCGAACCUUCAUGGCGUCUGAGUUCCUGGACUGGCUGGUUCAGGAAGGCGAGGCCACCACAAGGAAAGAGGGGGAGCAGCUUUGCCACCGGCUCAUGGAGCAUGGCAUCAUACAGCACGUGUCCAACAAGCACCCAUUUGUGGACAGCAAUCUGCUCUACCAGUUCAGAAUGAACUUCCGUCGGAGGCGAAGGCUCAUGGAGCUGCUCAAUGAAAAAUCGCCCUCCUCCCAGGAAACACACGACAGCCCCUUCUGCCUGAGGAAGCAGAGCCAUGACAAUCGAAAAUCUACCAGUUUUAUGUCAGUCAGCCCCAGCGCGGAGAUCAAGAUCGUGUCAGGGGGGAGGAGGAGCAGCAUGAGCAGCUGUGGCAGCAGUGGUUACUUCAGCAGCAGCCCCACCCUCAGCGGCAGCCCCCCUGUGCUCUGCAACCCCAAGUCUGUGUUAAAGAGACCCGUCACCUCUGAGGAACUGCUCACUCCCGGGGCUCCAUAUGCAAGGAAGACAUUCACGAUUGUUGGUGACGCCGUUGGCUGGGGCUUUGUGGUGCGGGGAAGUAAGCCGUGCCACAUCCAGGCCGUGGACCCCAGUGGCCCUGCAGCUGCAGCAGGAAUGAAGGUCUGCCAGUUUGUUGUCUCUGUAAAUGGGCUCAACGUGCUGCAUGUAGACUACCGGACUGUGAGCAAUCUGAUUCUGACUGGCCCACGGACGAUUGUCAUGGAAGUUAUGGAGGAGUUAGAGUGCUAAGCAGAUGGCCCUCCCAGCCCUUCAGGGAGCCUGUGGAGGAUCAGAGCCAGAACAGCUCAAAGCAAUGCAAUGAGAAGACAUCCAUACACAUGGAUGGCUUUGGACAUACAAAUCUUUUCUCCAUACAUACAUAUCUUAAUUUGCAUUUCACACACUGUUUGAAUGUGGAAGAAUCGGGUAAUACAUCAAAAAAACAAUUUGGGUCAGUGUAGAAAACUUUGAGAAAUCGAAUUUUCUUACAUAGUACAGUUGCCUUACUCUGUUUCUGUUUGUAGUUCUCAUCCAUUGUAUUUUUAUCUUAAUUUAGAGAAUGUUGUUGAAAAGCUUCUCUAGCCAAAACAGCAACAUGCUAAAUCCUCUCCACUAGGAGUCAUAGUUUUCACAGACUUUAAUAUGAGCAUGAAACUCUCUAGGAAAGGAUCUAGAUUUCACCAAACUUCAAAUUAAAGCAACAUCUAAGGGACUAUUACCUGUUAAUUAGUAUUUUGAAGAAGAUUCUAAAGCAUUCAAGUGCUUAAAAGCCAUCAAAUAAUGACUUUUUCUUAAUUCCUGCCUUUAGUAUCAACUUUUAACCUAACCUAUGUUUUCAAGUACAGCAUUUCUUAAAAAAUAAAUACCUUGAGAUGAUAUGGUAAGGUAGAUAGGGAGAUACUGCUUAAACCUAUUUCCUCUGUUUUCUCUUUCUGAGCCUAAAUCAUUUUGUUCUGUCAAUCAGCAACAACACCUUUCUAAAAUUAAUCCUGAAUAUGUUGAAUGUAAAAGCAGAGAAGUUUUUAUAUACACACAUAAUUCAAAACCAAGCUGCUGGCAAGAUUUCACUUUCAAGUUGUCCCUUUUUAAGCAAAGUAGUCUGGAACUUGGCCCAUAUGUGAUAAAACUUGAAAUUAAAUUGCCUACUGGCCUGACUUUUUACUAGCUUUCUAGUGUAACAUAUUCUAAGUACAUGACAUGCUGCUUUUUGGGCAGGGAUAUUUUUCACCAAAAGCACCAUCUUGUGUUGUAAUUUUUCAACUCACUUGUAUAUAAGCGAAUUUCUUUUUUGGUCUAGAAAAGAAAGCAUUUGAGGGCUUAGUAUGUAGGAGAAAUUCCUCAUAGUGCCAAAUUAGGGAGUCAGGGAAUGCUAAAUUCUUCUUAAUUUUAUGUAAUGUGUUCUGAAUGACAAUGUUACUUUCUUAUCAUGUAUUAACAAAGUAAAAUAUAAUUUUUUGUUGAUAGAUCAUCAUAACAUAUCGGUACUGGUGAAAUGGACAUACUGUGCUAAAGAUGUUACAUAUAUAUAUGUUCCUGAUAAUCCAAGUUUUCCAAUCUGUAGCUUUAGUCAGAGACUAGGACUUUGAUGUAGUAUAGAAUGUCUAAUAUUAAUACUGUGGGUCUACAUUUGAUAAAUAGUAUCGUCUCCGUGUGUAUGUGCAUUUAUACUGUAUGCUCUGGCAGUCACCAUGUGUGAUCUCUUAAUCCUCAUCACAACAACCCUGCAAGGUAGGUGUUAGUCACUCUCAUUUUUCAGAUGUGAAAACUAAGUCUGAGCAAGUUUUGAAAUGGUCUCUAAAUUCACACAGUGGCGAGAACUGAUAAGUGAUAUAAGCCUGGAUUCAAAUGUGGGUUUAUUCAACAAUAAAGCUGCCCUUUUCCCAGCCUUUCCCCAUUUAGGGACCUUCUGUUGAGGACUUUUCCAUACCUAAUACUGUGGUACAACUACUCCUCACUUAUCCUUACUGACCUGUGAGGUCAGUGUUGUCAUUAUCUCCAUUUUACAACUGAGGAAACUGACCUUAUUAAGAAGUUGGUCAUAUGCUCAAGUCCACACAACUAGAAAGUGGGAGACCUUACCAUUCAGCUUUAAAAAGGCUUAACACAUCUUUAAAAGAUGAGUCUUAAAUGCUUUCUGUCACCAAGUGCUCAUUAAUUGAGAAAAGGAGAAGGAACGCCUCUCGGGGAAUGACAUCUUCUCCUGCUACUUUUACUUUUUACUCAAGUCCCAAGGCCUGUUAUCUUGGGUCCUGACAUAACAUCACUUCCCUUCAGCCAAUCUAAGCACCAGAGAAGCAUCUGUCUUUAUUUACUCCAUAUAGCCUCUUGCUUGUGAAAUUUCUUUGAUUCAGAGAAUGUCAUUGAUGUCUGUGGUCAAAUGAACAGUGAGGUGAAGAAAGGAAGGAGGAAGGACGAGGGAGGAAGGAACUGUUCCCUCCUUUGGUUCUCAUCAUCCUCAGUUUAAAGGCCAAAUGCCAGAGGAUUCUACCCAAGGCCAAGAGAGCUUUACCUGACUACCCCUCCAUCCCACCCCUGACAUUCUCAUGCUGUAAUUACAGUAAAUGCUCCCACUCCUGUAGGGGCCCCAUUUAGACCCCUCCAGCCUUUGCACAUGCAGUUUCUCCUCCAUGAAAUAUUCUUCCUCCUUCUUUGCCUGGAGAAAAAAAUCUGUCUUGUUAACUCUCCUUAGAUGCUAUCUCCUCUGAGAAACCUUUUCCAGCUCCCUAGUUGUGGAAUUAAUGCUCCUCUAAAUCCCCAUGGACCCGGUGCCCUAACUCCCUGUAAUUAGUGCACUGACCACAUUUACUUUGAGCUUGUCCCAGUGCAUGUCUGUCUCCCUAACUACACUUUGAGCAUCUGCAGGACAGAGACUGUGUCUUGUCCCCCAGCUAGUCCCAUCAGCCAGCACAGUGUGUCAGCUGUCUAUUGCUGUGUAGCCAAUCCCCCCAAACAUGGCUUCUAAGACUAUUUGUUCAUGAUUUCCUGUGGGUUGGCAGUUCGGGCCGAGCCAUGUGGGGAUGGCUGGCCCUUGCUCCAGGCGGUGCUGUUCAGGUUCACACAAACAUGUGCCUGGUCCAGGGUGACUUCUCACACAUGUUAUUGGCUGGAGCUGUUGGCUGAGGUGCCUCAGUGCCACUCCAUGGGGCCUUUCCCACCACAAGACCUUGCGUGGACUUGCUUAGAAGUGCACAGCGUUACUGCCAUAGCAUUUUGUUGUCCAGAGCAAGUCAUGAACCAGCUCAGAAUCAAGAGGUGAGGAAAUAAGCUCUACCUUUGAUGGGAGGAGCUGCAAAGAAUUUGUGGCUACUUUUAAUCCACCCAGGGAAGGUACCACUAUUUAUUAAAGAAAGGGUCAAGAAGUUACCUAGUGAUUGAAAAGCUUCAGCUUUCCAAAUAUAAAGUACUUACCAAACACUGGGUAAAAGUGUCAUAUUAAGUUGUGAAUAAAGCCCAGUGCCAAUGAAAACAGCAGUCAGGAAAUCCUAAAACAGUGGUGCCCCGUGGAGCCAUGGAGAGCACAGUUUAGUCUUCUCAUUUUGCUAAUGAGGAAACCGAGGUGUGGGGUAGUCAGGUGGCUCCUACCCCACCCUCAUAAGGCUUGUUGGGGCCAGAGCCUGUGCCAAAUGUUAGUCUCCUGCCCUCCAAUUCUACGUCCUUUACAGUAUUGCCUUCUGCAGGGAGGAUAAUGUGGUAAAAAUAGGCCUUUGGCUUUGGAGCAUUCAUAAAAUGCAAGUGGCAUCACAUACGGUGAAGGUGAAGGGUAUACAUUUUAACUGACUCAGGUCUUCGGUGGUUAUACCUUGUCAUUAAAAAAUAAGUAUUUUGUGUGAUAUUUUGACAGCCAAAUUUUAAAAUUUAGAAACUCCUUUCCUAAUUGUAACACCACGAAUUAUUCUAAAAUAACAGUAAGCAGUGUUUCUCACAGCUUUUGUUUCAUGUGUUGUGUCCAUGUGUAUCAGUGAGUGGUGUGCGAGGUUUCAUUGGGAACCCCACAAUGGCUUUCUUUGUUCCCAGAGAAAAACACUUUUGAUUUUCUCAGGUGUUUGUGUAAUGUGUUUGUGUUUUUGUGAUGGAGAUAGAAAUCAUUUUUUGUUUCUUCAUUAGCACGGUAUGUGCUGUCAACUCAGAUUUGAAAGCCUUGUUUGUUCAUUCUACUAUAGAGAGAAAAGUGCAGUUGCCUUUUGGGGUGGUCCUCUUGCCUGAUGUUUUAUUAUUAAUCUCCGUAUAAAUUGAUAAAGGGACUAGUUGAGAAAUGAUGGUUAACAUGAAGAAGAGAUCCAUGUUUGAGUAAAUUAAAUGUGAUCAGCUUCACACCAUCUUAUAAAAGGUGAAUGCAUUGGAGUGGUAGCAAUUAAUAAUUUAAAAAUCAUGGGUUUCUGUUCAAAAUGGAAUCUCACAUUUCCAGAUAAUCAUUCCUUUCAAAUAUAUUGUACAAAUAGUCUAAUUUUAAGGUCUGUUUUAAAUGGAUGGUAAUAACUCUUCUCUUGUGUUGAUUAUUAAUCAUUUCAUUUUGAUUAUAAAUCAUCCAAAGAACUCUAGAAUAUUUCAGUUUUACUAGCUGGUUAGAGAUGAUUGAUAUCAUUGAUCAUGGUUUUCCUCAUUUAAGGAAGAAUUUCAGGUGUAAUUUGUUUUUUCCCAGCUCAAUACCAAAAGGAUAAAGCUGCAGUGUACCAAAAUGAAGUUCAUCAUCAAAGUUCGCAUAUGGUAUUGUCAAAUGCAUUAAUAUAUGUACUUAAGGUAUAUGUUUAUUUUCAAAUUAGGUUGAAAUUUAUGUUUUCCUUUCUUAAAAAUUGUAGCAUACUUAAAAUUAUGUGAAAAUACAUUGUGUAAUAUGAAAUAAAUGUUAAGUCUUUAAAACAAUGACUUUAGAGCUAUAGCUUUUCCUGUCUUUUAGAACAAACUAGCCAUUUUUUAUCCUAAGAAAAGGUUGCAUUAUUAAGAAAGCUGAUCUACCAACCUAUCAGAGAAAACACGUAAGAUUCAUAUCUAAUUCUGUAAUGUAGCCGAGAGUGCCAUUUGUAAAACUACUUAAUGAUGGAUGUUUUCUGAAGCUCUUUUUCUUGAAAAAAAAGUGCAUUAAAAAAGCUUUUUUCUGUACUGUA